UCGAUCCUCGCUCAUCUAUCAGAGGGCUUCUCUCUCUCAUAAUUAGUAUUUCGAGACUGACUGCAGUUUCUGCGCCGCUGCUGCUGCUCAUACGCAAUCCCUGGAUAGGUGGUUGCCAUGGAUUCCUGGGUCACAUGCGUGGGUUUCCUGUAGCCAGAAGCAGCAGAAGAUGCUUGGACCAAAAAUCCAGAGCCAUUUUCAUUCAAGAAAAAGAGAGGAUCCGCUGUGGACGGCUCGCCGACCGGACUACACCCGUCUCCCGCUGUAACUUCCUCCACCUCAGCUGUAUGCUUUUGAUCGUCUCGGAUUCGCAGCAAACCGGUUUUGUCCACAUCCAUAGACUGAUAACAGGAAUGAGUAUAGAAAUUCCUGAAGGACUGACGGAGCUGUUACAGAGCUUUACCGUGGAAGUGUUGAGGAACCAGCCCAGGGACCUGCUCGAGUUCGCGUUACAGUACUUCACCCAGCUGAAGGAGAAAGAGACCAAAGAGGCCUCGUUUGGCAAUGACCAAAAUUCGGCCCCGCGACCUGGAAAAGCGGUCAAUUUCAUUGACGAAGCGAUGCAGAUCGAUUCGGAAAACGGAGAGGAGGAGGACGACGACGAUGACGAGGAAUUCAUAGCACCAGUGAUAAACAGAUUCAUCAGAAGAGCAUCAGUGUGUGCUGAGGCUUUCAACCCUGAUGAAGAUGAAGAGGAUAAAGAGCCAUUGGUCACCCAUCCAAAAACCGAUGAGCAGAGACAGAGACUACAGGAAGCAUGUAGGGACAUUCUUCUGUUCAAGAAUUUGGAUCCGGAGGAGAUGUCUCAGGUGCUUGAUGCCAUGUUUGAGAAGUUCUGCACCGAAGGCGAGCACAUCAUUGAUCAAGAUGAUGACGGGGACAACUUCUAUGUCAUUGAAAGUGGGACAUUUAACAUUUUCGUGAAGGCUGAUGGCGCGGACAAGCUGGUAGGCUGCUAUGACAACCGAGGCAGCUUCGGAGAACUAGCGCUGAUGUACAACACCCCCAGGGCAGCCACAAUAAUCGCCACCUCGCCUGGAGCCCUUUGGUGCCUAGAUCGUCUGACAUUCAGGAGGAUCAUAGUGAAGAACAAUGCCAAGAAGAGGAGGCUGUACGAGGCAUUCAUCGAAACGCUGCCACUGCUUACGUCAUUAGAGCUCUCAGAGAGAAUGAAAGUAGUCGAUGUCAUAUCCUCAAAGGCGUUCAGUGAUUCACAGCAGAUUAUUGCUCAGGGUGAUUUAGCAGAUUGUUUCUACAUCGUUGAGUCUGGCCAAGUUAGAAUCACCAUGAAAAGAAGCAGGACGAAAAAAGACCAGGAGGAAGAGGAGGUGGAUAUCGCGACAUGCUCGAGGGGCCAGUACUUUGGGGAGCUGGCACUUGUCACAAACAAACCAAGAGCUGCAUCAGCCUAUGCUGUGGGGAGCGUCAAAUGCUUGGUCAUGGACGUUAAAGCCUUUGAGAGGUUGCUGGGCCCGUGCAUGGACAUCAUGAAGAGAAACAUUGCUAACUAUGAGGAGCAGCUUGUGACCCUGUUUGGCAGUAGCACUGAGAUUGAGCAACAAAGUGCGUGAGAUGGCUUCAAUUGACUGUGAAUCAGUGGAUGAAAAAAGAAAAAGGCUUGUGCGGAUGUCCCUCCCCACCCCCAAUACUCACUCAAACAGCUUUUCUUACAAGAAAUGUGAACAUCCACCACAUUUGCGUGUCAGAACAAUGAAACUACGUCAGAUUCCCAUAUGAGGCAAGGUUUAUUUCAGCAGAGCGCAGUGACGAACGUAAAUUAAGCCAAAGCAGAGUUGCUUAAAGCUUGUUUAAAUUAGAUUGCUCACGACUCUUAACCCUUAAAAACCUAAGUGUACAUUUUACUUGUCAGUGUCAGACACAUUAUUUGUUUGUAUUUUGAACACUUUUGUUUACGCUCACCUUUUCCCUGCAGUGUUAUAGUUACACCUACAGUAUAUUUGCCAUUUGUAAAUUUCUAAACAUUGUUUGUUCAAAUCGGAUGCCAAAGCUAAUUUCUUACUGGGUUAUUGUGAGCAAAUGAACCACAUUCUCUUGUCAUUUUUUUGGCAAGAGCACUAACACUGGCAGCAUGAGGUGCACUGGUACAGGGGUGCUCCGACGUGAUAACGGAUAAAGAACUUGUAAAGGAAGUCGAUUUGAUUCUGUGUUUUAAUAACAUCUUUCACAUUCAAUCACAGCAGAAUGUAGACUUGGAAGUACUUUAACAUUUUUUUUUUUUUUUUACAAAAUAGUUUUCUGUUCAUCUUAAGCUCUCAUUCCUUGACUACAUGUUAACUAUAGGCUAUAUCAUUGUUGGUUAGUGUUCGUGGCUGUUGGCCUAAUACUAUGCUUUUGCAAAAAAAAAACAAAAAACAAA